AGCUGUCAGAUUUCGAGUAUGAACUCACACUAAGGACCGAUCUCUACACCAACAAACACACACAGUGGUUCUUCUUCAGGGUUCGAAACAUGAGACCAGAGCAAACGUACCGCUUCACGAUCGUGAAUCUCAUGAAACCAUCGAGUCUCUACAAUCACGGGAUGAGACCUGUGUUUUACUCAGAGAUGAACGCAAAGAAAAAUAAGAUUGGCUGGGUACGAGGAGGAAGUAACAUCCGAUAUUAUCGAAAUAACUUAGGUGGUAGAGAUGGUCGCACUUACUAUGGGUUAACAUGGACGUGCGAGUUCCCUUUUAAAGACGAUUGUUGUUACUUUGCGCAUUGUUUCCCGUAUACUUACACAGAUCUACAGGAAUAUUUAUUGGAGGUUGCCAAUGAUCCAGUUCGAUCAAGGAUUUGUAAACAACGGGUUUUGUGUCGAACACUUGCAGGCAACCUUGUUUACAUUCUCACCAUCACUUCACCUUCGCGCAACCCCGAGAUAUCUCGGGCCAAACGUGCCGUUGUGCUCACUGCGCGUGUACACCCAGGGGAGACAAACGCAUCUUGGAUGAUGAAAGGGUUCUUGGAUUAUUUGACGGGGAACUCAGCAGAUGCUAAGCUUUUGAGAGACACCUUCAUCUUUAAGAUUGUUCCGAUGCUAAACCCUGAUGGCGUUAUUGUGGGAAACUACAGAUGUUCCCUCGCUGGCCGCGAUUUGAACCGGAAUUACAAAUCUGUGUUGAAGGAUUCGUUUCCUUCCAUCUGGCAUACCAAGAUGAUGAUCAAAAGGUUGAACAGUGAGAGGGAGAUUGUCUUGUAUUGUGAUCUUCAUGGACAUUCAAGAAAGAAUAAUAUUUUCAUCUACGGUUGUGAAAAUAAACAUAACCCACAGAAGCGGUUGCAUGAAAGGAUCUUCCCACUUAUGCUCAACAAGAACGCUUCCUCCUUCUUCUGCUUCAACAGCUGCAAAUAUAAAGUCCAGAAGAGCAAGGAGGGAACAGGAAGGAUUGUUAUGUGGUAUAUGGGGAUUCCUAACAGUUAUACAAUGGAAGCCACAUUUGGCGGAGCUUCACUCCCCGGUAAGCGUAAAGACACUCACCUUAGUACAAGGGAUUUGGAGAUGAUGGGAUAUUACUUCUGUGAUACCUUGCUGGAUUAUUGUGAUCCUGAUCCUUCAAAAGUCAAUGCUUGCCUCAAGGAGUUGCAAGAUAGAAUGAGGAAGCAGAUAAUGAGAAGACUUCAAAUGCAAAACGCAGGUCUCCCGUUAUCCGACGACUUCAACAUCGACGACUACAUGAGCGAGAUGGAGUCCGAUACAUCCGGGUCCGAUUCCUCGUGCGAUGACGGACUCCCUGUACAUCUGCUCGCUAUCGCCCCCAAGUUGCAGAGGAAGAAGAAGAUGAGAUCCCGCCGGGAAAGAUCGAAAGUUCCGGCAACGAAGACAGUGAUACCUUCAGCUGCAGACAGCAGUAAACAAGUUGUUACGACACACAGCGCAAAAACUACAGCAGAUAAAACUAAAACUCUGAGAUAUUCUCAAAAUUCGAGCGCUCGCAGGAGGUCAGAACAUCAUGUGACUACAUCAGCCAAUCAGCAUCAAGCGUCAAACGAUGACCGAAGUGGUGACAGGUCAACGAAAAAGCUAGCAACUGUUUCUCUCAAGUACGGAGAUCCAAUGUUGGGGAUUUUUAUCUCCGGGUUAAAAAGGAAAAGAACGGAUUACUUAGAAGUGCUGACGUCAGCAUAUUUACGAAGUGGUGUUCUAAUGAUUCCUGAUCCAGCAAAAGAUUAUCCAUUGCGUUACACAAACAAUGGGGGAAACCCCAAUGAUGGGAACUUUGCUGUCAAAUAUUUGGCCAACCAUUUGGGGAGUUUGUCUCCGGAUGGUUCUAACGAUUCAAAAUCGAGUUCCCCUUUAAUGAGGAAUGCCUCCUGUCAGUGGUCGCCCCAACCUGAUACACAAGGUUCAGAUAGUGGAAGUACUGAAGAAAUAGACAAGGAAGCUAUUAUAGCUGAGGAACAAUAUGAACUUCUUCGUCAAGCUGCGUUGCGUCGUCAGUUAAGUGCCGGGCAACAACGAAUGCUCGCUCAAAAACAUCUAGUGGCGGUAGCUGCGAUGCAACAGAGGAAAGACGGAAAGAGAAUCUCUUCUGCCACAAGUGACAGAGCAACAGGGAAUUCCCUAAUUCGACAACACCCAAACCCAUUUGAGGAGGGAAAGCAAAAAGAUACUAAUGUUUCAGCUUCGGACACUUUCUUUAUGACAUCACAAAUGAACGCCCCUAACUCCCGUAGUGCUUCGGCAACAAUUGCUUCGCAAGAAAGAGAAAUGGCCACAGGAGGGAGCAGGUCAGCCACAUUCGGGAAAAGCCGAAACUCGAAUGUCCGAGAAACUUCCGCUACUAGAGGGACGAUCACUGGAGAUCAAAAAGGUUUCAAAUCGGGGACCACCCCUCUGUCUACCGAAACUACAGUAACCACCGACCCAAACAACCUGAUUGUUACAAAACAACAAGAUGAUAAACUAACAACUAUUUCAUCAAAACAAAAAACUCAUUAUUUCACAAAUCAAAGCGAAAAUAUAAAAACUUCUAAAACCCUGAGUGAUGGGAAACCUAUUCAUGACAAAACUCCCCUAAAACAAGAUGAAACAUCAACCAGUGUGAAUGAAACUUCAAUCAGUGUGAAACAUGACUCACAACAAGCCAUGAAUGAGUCUGCAAAUAGUUUCCAAACGAAACAAAAACCACAGAAAUUACCCUGGGAGAAAAAUGAAAAAUCUACAACAGAAAAAUCAAAAUCGAAACCUGCAACCCAGCCAGAACAAAAUGAAAACAGCUUUCUGUUUAGCUCUGAGCCAAUUUUCGCUGGAAAAAGCGAAAAAGUUGCUGGAAAUGUUCCUGAAACUGGAAAGGAUGGAAAAACAUCCACACACCUACGUAGGGGAGAUGGGUUGGGUCAUAAGAAGGUUCCAACUAUUAACCGAGCUUCAAUGCAUGGAUUGGUUAAAGGUGAAAUGGCUUUAACAAAAUCUCCUGAAACAUCCAACAUUCCAAGUGGAAUCAAGAAAACAACGUCAGUAAUCAUGGAAUCGGAUCCGGAUAAACUGUCCGUACAAAGCAACAGAUACUUACGACCUGGUUCAAUAUCUGACAUCCAUAGUUCACAUUAUAGAGCAAAGAAUUAUCAAAGUGGGGAAGAUUCAUUCUUUGGAAUGUCGGACAGGGUUGGGCCAAGUCUGCCCCCUAGAGGUGGGAAUGUCCCCCCAGUGGUGGCGAACAUUGCAGAGUUACGAAGGUCGUUGAUGGGGCAGGGAAGGGAAGGAUCAGAUGUCCCACCACGCAGAGUCCCAACCAACCCCACCAACCAACCAAGUGAAGAAUCGCGUCUUGAUAACGGAAUCCCUUUCAGCCAGCGUCCAAAACGCAAACAGCCACUAGGGGGAAGACUUCGUUCCCGUGACGACGCGUUACAUCACAACGACAACAACCAUCGGGAAAGUUUUGGAAGUCCAAAACAUUUUGAUGAAGUUGAAACUUCAAGAAGUGAACCGAGAAAACGACAUCAUAAUGAUUAUCUUCUUUCUUCGAAGCCUCUCAGUAACCAAAGAGGGGAAUCCCCAUUAAAUAUCGAGGAGAAAUUGAAGGAAGACACGAAAAGUCGAUUCCGUAAACUAUUCAAUGAAGAUGAGCUUGACCCUGAUGAGGAUGAGGAUGUUGAUAAUCUAAGCACGGUUGCCAACAUGGUGAGCAGGAGGAGAGGACACCAACAUCCAGGAGGUAGAAGGAGGACACAUGAUCAUUUAAACGACUCCCCGGAGCUAAAUCAACAUCCAAUUGAUAGCAAGGAUCAAGAUGGAGAGAUGAGGAGUUAUUCUAAGGGCAACGCAACAAUCGAGAGAGUAACGGACACCUCAAUGACAAAUAUUCGGAUUGGGUCGCGCACCAACGAGUUCUCGUUACGUUUCAGCGAGAAGUCAUGGGUUGAUGUUUACCACAAGAGGGAUAACGCAAACUCAGGGAAAUCCGAGAAACAAGUCGUGACUUCGGUUUCGUUGAACAUGGAGGGCGAUAAGGAUGAGCGAUCAUGCGUAACGACGCCCGCUCUUGCACGACGACCUGUGCCAACAAUGCUACGAUACCUCAGCGCUAAACAGGGUCAGAAUAAGAAGAAGUCAUGACAUCAUACAUAAUGUGUUAUGACAUCAUACCUACCGUGUUAUGACAUCAUCAUCACUGUGUUGCAUUUAUAUUUCGAAAAGUAAAUUUAUUUUUACAUAUG